UUCAGCAGCGGUGGAAACGCAGAGGUGAGAGUUCGUAGCUGGGCACCCGUGCUGGAAAUCCCACGACUUGAGAGAGAAAUAUGGACGAAAAUGAAGAUUUUACCUUUUCUAUACAAGACAGCAAGGCCGCAUACGUGCUUAGCAAUGUUGCUGAAGUGGUUGAACGAAUCCUGACGUUCGUACCAACCAAAUCGCUCCUCCGGAUCGCAAGUGUGUGCAGGUUGUGGAGAAACUGUGCCCGCAGAGUGCUGAGGACUCAACAACAACUGACCUGGGUGUCAGCUUGUGGAUCGUCCAACACAGAGGCUCAUGCCCUCUGCAACGUCCUGGCUGAGGAGGUGGAGAAAGUAUUUCUCCUGCCUAAAACAGUUCUGGCAAUGGUAGACUGUGAGGCCUUCACUGGACAAGCUUAUUGCUACAGACAGAAUAAAGCAAAAAAGAGUCGCCACAGUCCAGACACAAUUGAAGAACUGAACCUGCUCUUCCCCAAAGGCUGUGACAUCAUGGGCAUUGCUACACCAGGCAUAGUCUUGACUCCCAGCGGCUCUUGUUCCAGCCCUCCUCAGGAGUACCAAGAAGGGGAGGCAGGCUUUGCAAUCAUGUUCCCUAGCCUGGAAGGUGUCCACAUCAAGCCCUUUCACUUUUGCAAAAAGUCUAUCUCCCCAACUGCACUGAAAGAAGCAGGACUAGUUGAGAACCCAGAGCUGCGUGUGGUACUGAUGUUUGUCUAUGAGGCGUAUAAAUCUGGAGGCGCACGUUUCCUCAACCAGCUGCUGGAGCCGCUGGCCAAAAGCAAGGCUCUUAUCGCUGGAGGACUUGUAGAAAGUGUCUUCUCUCCUCCCAGACACUGCUGUAGCCAGGGCUCAUAUGGUGUGGUGGGCCUGGCCCUGAGUGGCCCUAAGGUUCAGGGGGCAUCCGUGCUCUUGGACCAAGACAUCAGCAAUCCAAAGGCGGCUGAGGCCACAAUCCGACGGUUAAAAGCAGCCAAAAUUCCCGAGAGGAACACCCUAGGGUUCAUGUUUGCCUGUGUGGGGAGAGGCCAGAACUACUACAGCAACCAGUCCAAUGUAGAGGCUGACGCCUUUCACAAGGUGUUCCCCAACACCCCGCUCUUCGGCCUGUUCGGCAAUGGUGAGAUCGGCUGUGACCGAAUCAUCAAAGACGACUACACGUUGUGUGACACUGACACGGACAGUCUGCAGCAUGAGUACACUACAGUCAUGACCCUGGUUCAUCUAGGCUGACUGGCUGAUCUGCAGUAACAAUGGACAAACAGGAGAAAAGACAACCAAUCACCCUCCUGUUUGCUUCCACAGUCGGGAACAACAAACAACCAGUAUAAAAUAGUACUCACAUUGUGACUCAAAAUAUCGUGGUCACCAUUUCUGCUCAUAAAGCAGGAACUUUUCCUUUUAGCCAUCAAUGCAUUGGCAUUCUUUGGGAAAUUAUGUCCCUUGGAAACUGUGUGAACCAGUUUCAUAUUAAAACUAGUGAGUUUUACCAAUAGGACCCUAAGGAGACAAACUCAUCAUCUCUUAUUAACAUUCUUCUGUGAUAUAGCUCUCUUGUAAAAUAUAUGUAUAUAUAUUUUUCGCAUACACCAAUAGCAUAUCUCCCUCACCCUCUUACAUGAGCCACAUGGUUUGUUUCCUUUGCAGGUGAGUAAAUUAUACACACUUGCAUAUCCCAGGCUAUUGUUGUUGAUUCAGCAAAGGCACUUUUUAAAUUCAUGUGAGUAUGAAGAGUGUGGUCCCUCUUCGACACAAUCAAGGUUAUCUUGAUUUGAAUGCUCUUCCUCCUCCUUAAGGUUUUUACACUUUUGUCUUACCAAUGGAAAAAUGAAACCAUGUUAACCUACAAUUUAAUACUCUUACGCAAGAUAUUUAUCUGCUGUGGUUCAGGUGGGCAUUGAGAAUUCAGUCUCAGAAUUCAGACUCUUACAGUGCCUCUUUUUUUGUCCACAUGUCAGGUCAUAUCUCCUACUACCUACUUCCACUUGUUAAUGGUGAGGCUUAUUGCUCAUUUCCCAGCUUCUGUAGCUUAAAAGAAAAAUUCAACAGGGCAGAACGGCUGCCCUGGAACUCCCAAUUUCACCUCGAUGUACUCUCAGCUCUACUACAAUUUCGGACUUAAGGAGACAAAUGUUGUUGAUUGGAAAAUGAAGAACUGUCUAAGGUAAGAAAAAAAGGUGAAUUCUAUUUUUAGAUCAUUAGAUAUUAAAGGUGCUAUGUGUACGUUUUUGCUAGCAUUACAUAGCCACCGUUACCAUCAACAGCUGUUUACUUACCAGUCCAGAAGAAAUGUUGCAACGCCGCUGAUGCUAAGUCUUGUUUCUGUUUCUAUCAUAAUUUUUCUUCUGUGGAAGUUGGCAUGCUAGCCCCUUCUCGACCCAUCUUGUAAUACCACUUUGCAAUAGUGAGUCACAGUAGUGUCCACUCUGCCCUCAGUUCAACAUGUUAGGGUGAAAAAUUUGUGCUGCCCAGAGGGCAUAUUAACCUCGUCUUGUAAACACAACAAUGGCUGAAGCUCUUGGUAAGUAAACAGCUGUUAAUGCUAACACUGGCUAUUUACCAAUAGCAAAAACUUACACAUAGCACCUUUAAAGAAUGGGUAUUUGAUAUUCUUUGCUUAUGUCAAAAAUGGUAAAGAUUCUUUGUGAAAUCUUGAUAGUAUAUAGCCUGAAACUAACUACCUAGCUGCUUGUUUGAAAAAGCUGUCAAAAAAAAUCAGAUGCCUUUUAUUAAUAGAAUAACAGUCUGUAAAAUGUUGAAUGCUGCACAUUUCAUGUCCAGAUUUCUUUUUAGAUGGCCCUGCCGUUGAUCGAUGUUUUGCUUUUUCCUCACUAAGAAGAAAAUCCUGAUGACAUUAAGGUGCAAUUUCACGUUUAUGUAAUUUUUUUUUGGUCAGGUAGUUGCUGUUAAUGUUGAAAAUAGCUGAUAUUAAGUUUAUCUUUUCUGUGAAAGCUGCAACGAUUGUUGCAAUAAUGGAUGUUUUCAAGAAAAUUCCAAUAUUUUACUUUAAAAAGCAACCGAGAGAAUCUUCCUUAUUUGUAUCAUAAUGUACACAUCUGCCCUCAUAGUUUUUGAAGAGGUAAUUAAAAUGUAUUUUAAGUUAGUGUUUAUGACUCAUUGAACAAAAUUGUUUCGGUGUUGAUGCACUUUUCUACAUGUGCCAAAUCAUAUCUGUUCUGCUCUUUUUCCUCAAUAAAUUACAAACCUUCAAUAUGUA